UUGAUGUAAAGAUAGUCGUGUGUCGUUGUAGCUGGCUAACUUUCAGGUCAGUUUACCUCAAAGUCAGUCCAUCUCGCUUUGAGAACGGAAACUUGAAUUUACUCGACGAAGGUUACAGCUAGCUAGUAAACGCGAAUGCUAAUGUUAAAAUGAGUUUGAAACCCUCUAAUGACAACAAAGUCAUGAUUCGUAUUCGAAAGUAAUUAGUUGGGUAACUCAUUAAGAUAGUAUUAUGUUGCCGUCGCCAUUGUGGAAAUUGUUAUGGUCUAGCCCAAGAUGCCUCUAAAUGAUGAGCGACCUGCCUCCACAUCCAGUGGUGAGGACCAAGGCAGUGAUGUGGAAUCAUCAUCAGAGCGCUGCGACAGCAUGACAUCGGCCAGCGACGUGGACUGCUCCCGUGAAAGCUUUACCAGUGACUGCUCCAGCAAGCACAGCACGCCGUCCUCCAGCCCACCUAAAACCGUAACCCUGGAUGAGGUCAUGGACUGUGCGAGGGAGCUGUGCAACCUCAGGCUGGCCCAUGAGAUCACUGUCAAUCAUGGCUUCCACCUGGAGUCAGUCAACCUACCUCAGAACUGUUUAUGCAAGGUAGUUAGAGAUAAUCUUCACAAAGCCUUCUGGGAUAUCCUGGAAUCAGAGCUGAAUGACGACCCGCCUGAGUAUCAGCAAGCCAUCCGGCUACUGGAGGAGAUCAGAGAGAUCUUGCUGUCAUUCCUUAAUCCGGGUGCCAAUAGGAUGCGUACGCAGAUCAUGGAGGUGCUGGACAUGGACCUGAUUCGUCAGCAGGCUGACAAUGACGCUGUGGACAUCCAGGGGCUUGCCUCUUACAUCAUCACCACCAUGGGCAAGAUGUGUGCGCCAGCGAGGGAUGAGGAAGUCAAGAAGCUCCGAGAGAGCACAGACAACAUCGUGGCACUGUUCAAGGAAAUUUUCCGCGUGCUGGACCUGAUGAAGAUGGACAUGGUAAACGUAACCAUUGAUAGUCUGAGGGUUGUACUACAGAAGGAAGGUGUUGAAUAUGAAAGGGCCACAUUCCAGAACAUCCUGGACAAGACACCAGGAGCUUUGAACCACACUACCACCUGGAUCAAGUCCUCUCUGGAAGAGCUUCUGUCGGCCACAAAUCCCACAGAGCAGAGCAACAGCCAGGGGAAGGAACAGAGACCGUUGCCUGGGCCCUUCACGGUCAUCAACAAUGCUUUCCUCCACAUACUCACCUGGGACUACAAUAGCCACCCACUGCCUGAGACCCUGAUGACUGAUGAGUUGCGCCUGCGGGAGAUUCAGCAGCAGCUGCAGCAAUGUCAGGCAGUGAAUGAGGUGCUGCUCAUUGUCUACAGUGCUAUUGGAGGAGCCAUCCAGGGCCUGCCCUCGCUGUCUGACCGUCUUAAGAAGAUGACCAGUGUGCUGCUGGAUGGGAUGCACAACCCGCAUUUUAAGAUGCAAGAAGCACUCGAAGAUAUCAGUGCACAGAUCUGUUCUGAGCUCAACAAGUCUCUGACAGAGAGGAGCUACCCUGCACUGACCCCAGCACUGCAGGCCACCCUCACAGGCCAGAUCUGCAGCAUCUCCCAGAAGGACAACUCCAUCCGUACUCUCGUCGAGGAACGUGUGAAGCUGUAUUUCACUACUCUCAUCUUUGACGCCAAGCCCCAGACCAAACUUGAACAGGUGCCUGCAGGCCUGACUGCCAUCACGCCUGAGCUGGCAUCUUUGGGAGCAAAAUUCAUCUCCUUGGUCAAGUACAACAAGACUGUGUAUGGACCUUUCUACGCUGACAUCCUCAAGAAGCUGUUGUUUAGCAACAGCCCACCAGCACCAAGCCCUCCUCAGGACACCACUCAGGACUCUGUCGCCUCCAAAUAAAACUGGCUGUCUGGAGCCCUCAUGUUACAAGGCAUAGCUGAGGUUAAGGAGGCACUAAAAUAGUCAGGCAGUACAACUGCUUUCAGUGGCCAAUGUACUGUAAUAGUUGCAGUUUCCCCUUACAUAUUCUAACUGUUGUAGUUUUCUCAACUACAUUUAUAACCAGAGCAUUAGAGGGGCUGCAGUGUUCUCAAAUGUUCAUAGAGUUACAUUACAUUUUGGGGAUUUAAUGUGACCUGCCUUGUUUGUGGUAGAUGCUUUAUAAUAUAUAAAAAUAAUAAUGAAACCCCCAGGAACAUUCACAGCUUAAAAGCUGAAUGGUAGUGUUAGGAUGAAUUUUAUCCCUUUCUAUAGUGACCUCUGCUUCUUGAAUUUGUGUUUUCAAUGAAGGGGGUAGUCAAACUCCAUCCUCCUGUUCAUUUGGAGGGUGUUCAUAAGAGGAAAAGGGCUGAACCUUAAUUAAAUUGCUACUGCUAUUGAGAGAAAAAAUUAUGCCUAUUUCAUAAGCUUUACGAAGCAGAGAGGAAAAAAUGCAAGCCUAUAUAUUUAUAUAUACAAAUAGCACAGUAGCAUUUCAGAUGUUUUACUUACAGAGCAAGUUAUUUAUCAUUGUUAAAUGUUACAAUUAAGGGAGCCAGAAUAUAAACCUGGGAACUAUAAUGUAAUUGCCAUCAGCCCCAGCACUGAAGUGCCACUGUUGAAUAUGUUAAUGCCGGUGAUAGCCCGCAUCCCAUAGUGUUAACUGUUGUGAUUGCUCUCAGUUUAACAGUUUUAAUGCCAGGUAAGCAUUCUGUUAAAUUUAGUUGUUUGUUUGUUUGUUUUAAAUCUGCUGUUGUCACUGACCAGAAAAAAUGGAAAUACAAAACUUGUUUGGAUUUUGACUUCUUAAAGAAAAAACAAACUUGACUGCAUGAUUCAUUCUGUGUUGUUUUUUAUUAUUGUUUUGGGUACUACUUGUUGAGUAGUUUGUGUUUUUUGAAUGUUGAAUGCUAUAACCUAUUCCCUAUCAGUGGAACAGUCCUUAUAUUGAUUUAGUUGCUUUCCUCGUUAGCUUUUGAGGUACUGUAGUUAUCAUUGUAACCCUAUAGUGUCCCAGCGUCGGCUGUCACAACCCUUAAAGAACAGAAAGGUGCUGAACUCAAAAAAGAUUUUGUGUCCAGAUUUUCACAUGGACCCAAAGAUGCACAAGAAAGGCAUUUACAUUGUUUGACAAUAGUUUACAUGUAUGUGGAAAAUAGCUGUCUCUUUCCUUUGUACCACAGUUAGCACAAUAAAAUGUCAAAAAAGA